CUUUGUCCAUAUAUAACCUUCACGAUGGACGCAAAGACACCCCUUCUACCAUCCACCGCGCCACAGACCCCCCCGGAAGACCCCAUGCCCCCGCGAGGAGUGCGCUCACGGCUCGCGCGCUUCCACGCCGCCGCCUUCGCCGCCAUCAUCGGCCUCUUCUUCCUCGCCCAGAGCUUCCAAUGCCAGGACCCAAGUCACAACCACCAGGAAGCCGCAAAGGUGCCGCUCGAAGUCCAUAUAAUGUCCAAAUGCCCCGAUGCCCGGGACUGCCUCCAGAAGCUCGUGCUGCCGAGCAUGCAAAAUGUGUCUGACAAGGUCGACUUCAAGCUGUCGUUCAUCGGGAGGGUUACGCACGACGACGACGGGGUGCAGUGCAAGCAUGGCCAGACCGAAUGUCUCGGGAACAUCAUCGAGUUGUGCGCGGCGAGCGUCUAUCCUGACCCGAAGAUAUACUUGGGCUUUACGAUGUGUUUGAGCAGGAGCUAUGAAGAUAUACCGCAGAAGAGCCUCCUGGAGGACUGCGCGCUGGAGCAUGGGAUGGAUUUCGACAAGAUAAAUCACUGCGUGAGCCAAGACGAUGGCGCGUUUGCGAUGGGCAUGCUUAGGGAGAGCGUGGAGCGCAGCGCGGAGCUGAACGUCACGAAGAGCUGCACUAUACGGCUGAACAAUGAGGUCCGGUGUAUAAGGGACGACGGUGCGUGGUCAGAGUGCGACGAUGGCUCGAAGCCGGAGGAUCUGAUUCACGAUAUCAACAAACUCUACAAAGAGGCCUCAGGAUGGUCGGAAUGAAGAACCCAGGUGCUGCUACGACUGGGAGAAAAAAAAAUCAACAAAAGCACCCGUCCCGCCGCGACGACACAGCGGCGAAGAACACUAGGCCUUACGUCAACGACGAUCCUCUGUUUGAGGAGCUUGAAGCCUGAUACCCGGCCCCCGAUUGUACAUACUCCUUUGAAGACCGAAUCACGAUGAAAGGAGAACGAUAGCGAUGGCCAGGUAUAUACAAAUUAGACUGAUUAAUAAUGUAAUUAUCUACCGCCACACUCAUGGCCUCAUGCACAUAUUCAGU